AUGGAGGUCGUGAGAGCGUUAGUGCAGGAGUUUUUUUGCAGAAGAAGACAGAGCCUUAAUAGAGGAGAUCAGACCUUGGGGACAGAACGUAGAGGAUACUUACACUUGGGACUUCUCCAAGACAGGGAACUAUACAGUCAAAUCUGCAUAUUGGGUUCAAAUGCAGAUAAGACUAAGAGACAGAGAAGCGAUGCAAGUCCAAAGGUCCAGCAUUUCCUAUGGAAAUGUAUCAGCAACAGCCUCCCAGUUGCAGGAAAUCUAUUAUCCAGACACAUAGCAAAGGAAGGAUCUUGUGUGAGAUGCCCAAAUAACAAAGUUGGAGGCUCUAAGAUGGGCUAUCAUCUCAAUGAUCAGAUUGGACUACAGAGAGAUAACCUUUGA